AUGAAUUCAGAGGAUAAAUUUUCAGGUGGAUUUAUAGAUAUUAGUCUUGCAGAAAGAAUGAUAAACAAAUAUGAUGGCGAUAAAUCAAAUUUACACGUAUUUAUAGAUAAUUGUAAUAAUGCAUUUGCACUCCUAAACCCCGUUUAUAAAAUUGCAUUUAUAUCAGUAGUACUUUCAAAAAUAGAAGGUAAUAUUCGGUCAACGUUAUUAAAUAGAUCUUUUACUUCGUGGGAAAAUUUAAAACAGCAUUUAUUAGAAAAUUAUAGUGAAAAAAGAACGUUUGCACAGUGGCAGUUAGAGUUAAAUUCAUGUAGACAAGGUAAUAAUGAAUCAAUUACUAAAUAUUCAAGUAGAGUAGAAAACUGUUACAUUAAAUUAAUUAAAUCAUUAGACCCAAAAUUAACAAAAGAAGCUCGAGAAGCCAAUGUAGAGUUAUUAAAAAAUCAAGCAUUAAAUAUCUUUAUAAGUGGUCUUCUACCACAACUUCACAUUUUACUGAAGUCUCAAAAACCUUUAACUUUUGAAGAUGCAGUUUCAAUUGCGAUUUCUGAAGAACAAGAAAUUAAAUCCAGACAAGAAAUGAACGUUAGACAAAAUUAUAAUCCAGGAAUAAAAAGGUGUACGAACUGUAAUAAGUUAGGCCAUUUAGCUCACCACUGUAGAAAUCAACCUAUGAUUAUACAAAUGCAUACUAAUCACACAAAUAAUCACACGAAUAAUCACAUACCUUCUUGUUUUAAUUGUAAAAAAAAAGGGCAUAUCGCCAAAGACUGCUGGAAUAAUCAGAAUAAUCGUUAUAAUCGUCCAAGCAAUGGUUGGAACCAUGAUAAUAAUAAUAAUAGGCAAACGAAUAAUAGAAGCAACGAAAAUAAGCCUUUAAACACCAACGGUCCAAGGCCAGCGGCCAACCCGAGGACCACAAAU